AUUUUUUUAUUCUAUCAUUUCGAGCAAUAUCUACAUAAUUUUGCAUGUUCUACAAUUUGUAUUGGAUAUUAAUUAAUGUGUAAUUAUUUCCAAACUAUAUCACGCGGGGGAUUAGACAAUUAAUCAGGUUUAAGUCAUCAUAAAUGUGUACAUGUUUCAAAGUUAGGAGUGUUGCGUAUUAUGCACUGAAACGUGUUUAAAUAUAUUUCUAAUACUCUCAACCUACCAAAAUUAUGGAACGUUCUCGUCGUUUGUUAACUAUAAUCAUAAUUCCAGGAUUGGUGGCAACAAUACUUCUCUUACUGUGGGGAAAUGAUUAUCGGCCAUUUGAGGGUUUGCAAGGACCCUGCUGGACGAGUAAUUUAGACGAUGAAAUCCGUUACGUCCAAGAAAAUUUUGAAUUCUUGCAUCAAAAUGACCCAAAAUUAAUUCGGUACACGAGGGCCAGAUAUCUGUCUCCACCACCGAAAAGCAAUGUUCCGUAUCAUUUUGACUAUCAUCCAGUUAAAGGGGUAACCGAUCAUGGGGAUUGGGCCAGAAAAUAUUUCAAGGGACAGAGGGACGGUGUAUUCAUUGAGGCGGGAGCAAAUGACGGUGAAUUUUAUUCGCACACCCUUCGCCUCGAGACAGACCUUGGAUGGACUGGACUAUUAAUAGAAUGCAACCCAGGAAUCACACCGUAUCUGCGAACUAAACAAAGGAAAGCGUGGGUUGCCGGAGUUUGUAUUUCUACGACGCAAUACCCCAAAAUUGUGAAUUUCUCCAACCCUGAAAAGUGGAGCUGGAGUGGUCGUCUUGGUCCUGCGUGGAACAUCUCAAUCCCAACAAAUUGGACUUACUUCGACGUGGAAAGUGUUCCCCUUUACACUAUAAUUGCCGCUACAGGGCUGAAGGAGAUUGAUUUCUUUAGCUUUGACGUAGAAGGAGUGGAAAUGCAGAUCUUAAAAAAUUUUCCAUUUGAUAAAAUUCUAAUCAAGGUCAUCGUUGUGGAAGUGGUGUUCAUCACACCCAAAGAGCGCAGAGAUCUGGAAAAGUUUCUUCGAGAAAAGGGAUACACAACUAUCAAGAAAGAAGUUCAUGAUCAUUUUUAUGUCCAUGAAUCUGUCCGUGACCAAUACGGCGAAUAAGUUGCAUUGCUAUAUGCAGAACUGUCAUUGUUUGUUAUUAAUUGUAGAGUACUAUAUCGUAUAUACUUACUAGAUAAUUGCAAAAUGCAGUGUAAAAGAAAUAUCUCAAUUCAUACUGAUGACCAAGAAAUAAAUUCACCGAAAUAAAUCAAUCCGAACGCA